AUGGCUGCGCCGGUCUAUAAUGCCUCAAUGCCCGAGGGCGGCGACCCGCUCACCGUGGAUGUCAACGCCCAGUUUGUGGGUUACGAAUAUAAUUAUGUCUACAUCGUCGCGUGCACCUUUAUCGUGUUCAUGAUUCUGCCGGGGAUCGGCUUGUUGUAUAGUGGUUUGACACGGAGGAAGUCUGCGAUGGCCUUGCUGUUCCAAGCUUUCAUGGUUCUUGCGGUCUCAACCUUUCAAUGGCUGUUUUGGGGGUACUCGUUGGCCUACUCGAGAGAUGGAGGCCCAUUCAUUGGCACGCUGAAGAAUUUCGGCUUGAUGGAGGUCCUUGUAGCCCCCUCGCCUGGCUCGGCCGUCCUGCCAGAAGUGGUGUUCUGCCUGUUCCAACUGCUCUUUUGCGCAUGCACAGUGAUGAUCGUUGUUGGGGGCACGUUUGAGAGAGGCGCUAUCCUCCCUUCGCUCAUCUUCAGCUUCUGGUGGGCUACGGUCGUCUACUGCCCGUUGGCUCGCUGGACCUGGAGCAGUAACGGAUGGCUGUACAACCUUCCCGCCAUUGACUUUGCGGGUGGCGGUCCGGUGCAUAUCGCUUCCGGUGUCUCGGCCUUAGCCUAUGCUUUGAUUCUCGGCAAAAGGAGGGAUUACGGAGCACCUUCUUUCCGCAAACCUCACAACACUACACUCAUCUUUCUGGGAACCGUCUUGAUUUGGACUGGCUGGCUUGGUUUCAAUGGCGGUUCAAGUCUCAAUGCGAGCAUGCGUGCCAUGGUGGCCGUCUUCAACACCAACACGGCCGGAUGCACAGGUAUCCUCGGCUGGGUAUUGGUUGAUAUGAUCAAGCAUCGCGGAAAGUUCUCAAUAGUUGGUGCUUGUGAAGGUGCGAUCGCCGGAUUGGUCGGAAUCACCCCAGCUGCCGGCUGCGUGUCGUUCUGGCUCGCUGCGUGCAUUGGAUUCAUCACCGCGGUUGUCUGUUCCCUUCUUCAGAACGUUAACGAGUGGAUCGGUGUCGACGAAGGCUUGGAUGUUUUCAAACUCCACGGCAUUGGUGGAAUGGUGGGUGCAUUUCUGACAGGUUUGUUCGCCAGCCAGAAGAUUUCGGCCUUGGAUGGCAGCAGUCUGGCGCCCGGAGCGAUCGAUGGAAAUGGAGUGCAAGUUGGAAAACAAAUCGCGGAGAUCUGCGCCAUUUCCAGCUAUUCCUUCGUGGUGACCUGCGCUCUGCUGCUGAUUCUCAAGUACAUCCCGGGCAUGAACCUUCGGGUCAGUGAGGAAGCCGAGUUGUUAGGGUUGGACCAGACCGAGUUCUUCGACGAGCAAAUCGGGGACUGGUCGAUCACUCAGGGAAGUACUAGUCCUACCUUGAUCGGAGUGUCGCAGAAUUCAUCCGGCUCCAUCACGAAGGAGGAGUGCCAGGUGAAGGGGAGCGGGGUAUAG